AUGCAGAUCAAGAUCCCCGCCCUUCUACGAGGUCGUCGCGAACGGCAGACGGCUACAGACGCAAACGGACAGUCCGCAAAUGACAGCGAUCACAAGGCCACUAUGGAUAGCAAGCAUGAGAGCAUCGCUCUGGAGAACGGAGUUCAGCAUUUUGAGUCUGCUACGGACACAUCGGAUGCACAGGGAAGGGUAACAGGGCGCGUUAUUUUAGCCAUUGCUGCCCUUGGGUUGACAUAUGAGGCCGCUCUUUUCUCCUUCGUCGUGCCUGCAGCUGUCCUCUUGACCAUCAAUGCAGACAUUGGCCCGUCAGCCAAUCUGAGCUGGGUUGCUACGAGUUUGUCAUUGGCAAACGCGGUUCUGCAGGCGACUUUUGGUCGCGGGGCAGAUAUCUUCGGCCGGCGAUACUUUCUUAUCUGUGGCAAUAUUUUUGGACUUGUCGGAACUUUAGUCAACGGACGUGCCAACUCAAUCCGAGUUGUGAUUGCAGGCACCGCUAUCCAGGGGAUCGGUGCUGCCCUUCAACAAGUUGCAUAUGUCUCCGCCUUUGACAUUGUCCCAAAGAAACAUCGAGAGGCAACUCUGUCUGCACUCAAUCUUGCUGCUCUCCCUGCUUCAAUGUUUGGAGCUAUUAUCGCCUUUUCUGUGGUCAAGACAUUGAGCUGGCGCUACACAUACUAUUUUGGCACCAUGAUCAACGGGAUAGCCCUGAUAAUGGUUAUCGUAUUUUACUGGCCACCAGGAUGGGUUGGACUCCGUCCAGAUGGCAAAUCACGCACCCAACAAUUGAAAGACCUGGACUAUGUUGGCGUGCUUCUCAUGGCCGGUGGACUGACUGUGGCGACCCUUUUACCCCUUUGGGAGUUCUACGCCCCGGCCGAUAUGGACAGACUGUUUCCCGGGAAAUUGAUUACAAAUGUCAGAUCGGUCAUCCUACCGCUCUUCAUCACCUUUGCUUCCGGUCUUGCGGUAGCUCUAUGGGCUCCAGGUUUACUGGCCUCAAUGUCUGCACCCAACUCUUCACGUCCGAGCCAUUCUGACAUGCAGAUAGUGAUUCAAACCCUGUUUACCACAGACCCUGAUCGGGCUGGCUGGCUCAGCUUUGUACUUAAUGCCGCCGGGACUACCGGAAUCAUGACAUCGGGGAUUUUCUUUGGUAUCCUAAGGCGCACGCGACUCCAACUGGUCGCAUAUACUGCGCUACAAACUGUUUUUCCGGCAGCGAUGUCAACCAUCACUCAGCACUCACUUGCGCGGGCUGUAGUUCUGGCUAUAUUCACUGGUUGGGCCCUCAGCUCGACCAUGAUCGUCAGUGUCUUGUUUGUCCAGUACGGAGUGGGCGACGAUCGCCUUGGUAUCUCGAACGGGCUGCGCGGAACCAUUGUGAACUCCGGAGCCGCCAUUGGGUUUGCGAUCUACAGGAGGAUUGUCAACAACAAGGUCAAAGAUACCAUGGGGCCAGCCAUGGCCACGGCUUUGGUCGGUGCGGGAUUACCAGCCAAUUCAGUCGAACCGUUUAUUGGCGCUUUCCUGACAGGAAACUCCACCGUUCUCGCCGGAAUCGAUGGGGUGACGCCAACCGUCCUGGCAGCCGCAACAAGCGCAUCUCGAGAUGUGUACACCCAGGCAUUCCGAAUCCUCUUCCUGGUCACCACAGCCUUUACUGGCGCUGCCUUUAUUGGUAGCCUCUUUGUCCCAAGUGUCGAUAUUCACUUGACUCAAGAUACUGCUAUUCAACUCGAUAAGCCCCACGUCAUUGGACAUGGUGAAGGUGAAGCAAAGGUUCUCACAGAAGAAAGUGCUUAG